CUCCCCUCUCGCUCGUCUCGCCGCCGCUUCGCACGCUCGCCGUCGCCGUCGCCGCAGCUCGGAAAUGCCGUUCAAGAGGUUCGUGGAGAUCGGGCGGGUGGCCCUGGUGAACUACGGCAAGGACUACGGCCGCCUCGUCGUCAUCGUCGAUGUCGUCGACCAGAACAGGGCACUUGUGGAUGCCCCUGAUAUGAUCCGCUGCCAGAUUAACUUCAAGCGGCUUUCGCUGACUGACAUCAAGAUUGACAUCAAGCGUGUCCCUAAGAAGACUACCUUGAUUAAGGCAAUGGAGGAAGCUGAUGUGAAGAACAAGUGGGAGAAUAGCUCAUGGGGCAAGAAGCUGAUUGUCCAGAAGAGGAGAGCAUCGCUCAACGACUUUGACAGGUUCAAGGUCAUGUUGGCGCGGAUCAGGCGCGGUGGUGCUAUCAGGCAGGAGCUUGCUAAGCUUAAAAAGGAGGUUGCUGCUUAGAUUAUUUUGGUGGGUGACCAAUUUGAGAUUUUGAUCAGUGAUGUUUGAUGUCCCAAAAUCUGAAAUAUCGUGCCAGCUACUGUUAUUGGGACCUCACGAGAAUUUUAAUUUUGAACUUCCGUGCGUCGACAUUGUGCCACAAAUGCUAUCACUGUAUAACAUAGUAUGCCAUGUACUCCGUGAAAUUCGUCAGUUGUGGGUCACGCUUGAAUUAGAGGAAAAA